AUUCUGAAGGGGCUUAACCUUGUUGUGAGACUUUAUCCACUGUGAGGUGACAAAUUGACAAAUUUUAGUAGAUCUGUGGUAUUUGCAUUCAAGCUUAUUUACGGUGAUGUCAUCGAUUUGUUUAUGCAAGUGCUGAUCUAAUUUCAAAGUCCGACAAUAUGUACGGUCGUAUAUGAGCCGAACUCGGAGGGGAGGGAGGGGACUGACCGAGCGAGAAUCGGAGAGCCCUUUCGGCUUUGGCUCUUUUAGUAGAAGUAGAGAUACUCAGGUUCAGUUCAGCACGCGUGCGCUGUCUCCCUCUCUCUUCGCGACGACUGUGCGACCGCCGCCGCCGACCUACGCCAGGUUCCCCGAUCUUCGUUGGGCGCUUCGCCGGCGACGAGCACCCAUCAGGUGUAUAUUUGUAAUCCUAUGCCCUUUACUGGGUCCGCCCCUGGUUGAUUCUAGCCCUGUUCAGGAGUGAUGGGGAAGAACGAGAAGGCUAAGCGCAAGAACCCUCGGAAAGCGCAUGAACGGGAUCUUCCAGCCUCGUCCUCGGAGGUUGGACCUGGUGAUGCAGCAUCGCAGGAUGCAAGCCACUCAGCAGAGGAAGCAGCUGCUUCGGCUAAUGGCCGGGAGCAUUGCGGCCACUAUGGCCGUGACAAUGCCCACUUAGAUAAGGUCCUCCUGGAGAUCUUGUCUUCCAAGCACGUUGCUUCAUGUGAGCACUGCCGAGAAGAUGCACCAAGAAAGAAAGGGGGUGCUGGUAGCAGGGAGAAAGGGGGUAAGCAGAAGAAGAAAGGAGGCGCCUCCAAAGGCGCUACUGCCAAGGCACAGGCAAAGGCAGACACAAGUCAUACAUGGGUCUGCUUGGACUGUGGUCGGCAUUUUUGUGGUGGUGCAGCAGAUGAUACCAAGCCCUAUGGCCAUGCCAGACGGCAUGCUAAGCAGGACCGGCAUUGGUGGGCCGCAAGGUAUGAUGACCCAACAGUUGCUUAUUGUUUGUCAUGUGAAAAGGAGGUGUCAGUUGAGAUGCCCAAAUUAGAGACAGUUGUUGCACCAGCAGUGGAAGAUAAGGUGGCCGGUGCAGCGGAUACUGAUUUAUGUGGUUUGGUUAACCCGGAUGCUAAUGUGAUCAAAGGACUUCCAAAUCUGGGAAAUACAUGCUUCUUCAAUGCAGUGCUGCAGAGCAUCCUCGCGGUUGAUAGGUUGCGCAGGAAGAUGUUAGGACCAGAUGUUCCUACAGGAGCCCUUGCUAUGUCACUGAAGAAGCUUUUUGCAGAGACAAGUGCUUCAAACCAUGCAGGAGGCAUGCUAAGCCCGAAGAACCUCUUCUCAAGCAUUUGCUCAAAAUAUCCACAGUUCAGGGGCUACCAGAUGCAGGAUAGCCAUGAAUUGCUCCGUUGUUUUCUUGAUGGUUUACGCAUGGAGGAAACUGAAGCACGGAAGCUAGCAGAGGAAGCUUCAGAUGCAGGUGUUCCCACAAUUGUGGACUCCAUUUUUGGUGGUCAGCUAUCUAGUACUGUGUCCAGCACAGAAUGCUCACACAGUUCCGUUAAACAUGAUCAAUUCCUUGACCUCUCACUACCAGUUCCAUCAAGGAGACCUCCAACCAAGAGUGUUUCAUCACCACCAGUUAAGAGGACCAAACAGUCCAUACGAGAUAGGAACAAAAACCGCAGAUACGGGAAGGUUCCAGCUCGAGCAUCUCCUUCAGUAGAGAGUAACAAAGAACAAGUUCAUUCAAUUGCUGAGCGCAAUUCCCAAAUUCCUGGUUCAGAACUUGAACAGGUAGUCAGCGAAAAAGAUGCUGAGCCCUCUGGAUGCAGUGAGUCAUGUGGUUCUGUGCCUAAUCAAGAACAAAAUGCCACUACAAAUGUGGAGAAUAGCAUCUGCUGGUUGGAUUAUGUCGCUGAUGCGGAUGAAACAAAAUCUGAGAUUCUUGAUUCUGCAGAUUCUACUGAAACAGGACAAAUUUGGGAAUGCAGGGAUGCUGCACAUGGUCCCUUGCACCCUCAGGAUGAUGCCCUACCCAAAGAGCAGAUCUUGGGUUCUGAGCACUCAGGCGAAAACACUGUUGAUGAUGAUGCCUCCUUACAGACUGUUAUCUUACUUCCUUACAAAGAAUUUGGUACUACUGCCAAGGAAAGGGAUGAAGCCAUAGAAAAUCCAUAUAAUUCAGAGUGUACAGUUCCUCCUUUAGUUGUUUCUCCAGUAAGAGAAAAUAAUACACAACCUGAAUAUUGUGGAGAUGUGGAGCAAGAUGACUAUGUUGGUCUUGGUGAUAUGUUCAAUGAACCAGAAGUUACUUCUGAAGUCAAGAAAGAAGCUGGUAAAGUAGAAGAUAUUGAUGUAAUGGCUUGGAGUAGUAACAGUGCUGAUGAUGAGGUAGAUGAUAGUAAUGCUCCUGUAUCAGUUGAGGGAUGCUUGGCUGUGUAUACUGAACCAGAGCUGCUUUCUGAACCAUGGCUUUGUGAGCACUGUACUAAUGCUGCACGCAUAAACUCUAAUGAAAGAGAAAAUGUCAUGGAGAUGAAGGACCGAGCUAAUGAAAUAAAGGAUGGUGAGGAGAUGAUGGCAGAUGGCGAUGGAAAAAAAGAUGGUGAGAAGUUGAUCGUGAGCUGCAGCAAACAGGUGGACAUUGAUCAGGUUAUGGGAACUGAUGGUUGCAAAAAGCACAUUGACCAGAUUAUGGCAACUGGUGAUUGCUCUGACAAUAUGCAUUCUGAUAUGCAUUGCAAGGAAGGUGGGUGUGUUAAUCCUUCUUCGGCUGACCCUGAACAAAAAUGUGAUGGCAAUUUUCCAGAUAUAGAAAAUACUUCUAUGCAGAGAACUGAUGUAGUCUUCACUAUGAAUGAGACUGAACAAUCAAGCAGUCAGACUAGCCACAAGGAACAGUGUAUGGAUUUGAAAAGCUUAGAACCGGAGUCCUCAUCUUUGAAUAACCAACAACAUGAUUCAUCUGUCCAAUAUAAUGAUUGUCAUAACGUGGAUAUAACCGUUAAAGGAGCAAGUGCACCACUGAGUUGUGGCGAUUCUGUGUCUUGCAAUGCAACUAACAAUGUUGAAGCUCAACCUGUUGGUGGUGCUGAAGAAGUUGUGUCGAGUAGCCUUCCAUCAGAUGCACAAAAAACCUUGCUGGGUGCAAAAGAUAAUGAAGAUGCCAUCACAAAGAAUCAGGGCAGGAGGAAGCGAAUGAAGAUGGUUGGUAAGGCACAGCUAGUGCAAGGUAACCAAAAUAAGCAGAAAGAGGACGAGACAAAGGUUUUCAGAGCUGCAUUGAGAAGAAUUCUUAUAAGCAAAUCUCCACCUGUAUUGACGAUUAACUUGAACAGAUUCAGCCAGGAUUCUCAUGGUCGAUAUAAGAAACUGAAAGGGCAUGUGCGCUUUAAUGAGAUGCUUGAUAUACAACCAUUCAUGGACCCAAGGUGUAAGGUGAACAACUCCAGCACUUAUCGUCUAGUUGGCGUUGUCGAGCACUUGGGAACCAUGACGUCAGGUCAUUAUAUUGCAUACGCGAGAGCUUGCAAGAUUGGAGGUCGGCAGCAGCAGAGCAGUGGCUCAAAGUCUUGGUUUUACGCAAGCGAUGGGCAAGUCAGAGAAGCCUCUCUGGAGGAGGUGCUAAACUGCGAGGCCUACAUUCUCUUUUACGAGAGGGUGGGCGACUAAGACAAGCUCUGUGCCAGCCUGCUCUUCAGUCAGUCAGUCAUUUAUCAGAGCAAGAUCACUGGGGGGGGGGGGGGGGGGGGGGGGGGGUGGCAAACUGGGAAUUGAAGACAACAUUUUUUUUGUGGGCACAGCCCAAUGAGUUUGCAUACUAAUGUAGCUACCCACCAAGUCCAUUCUGUUCCUUCGACCGAGUCAUUCCAUGGCCCGAGGUGGCUCCAUUACCAUUCAUCUGCUCGGUCGAAGAGAUUUUCGCAAUUGGACUUGCACAGCAGAACUGUUCAUACUCGCCUACAUCCAUUCUUUCUUUUCCCCCCUUUUUGGCCUUUGAAGAACAUAGCUGGUGGUGCGGGGAUUGGUCAAAAUUGGCAGGGUUUUUUUGUCGAACGGUUCAUGGUCAGCUUGAGACAUUUCUUCGGCAUGUGGAUGCCCCUAGAUUUUGAGUGAUGGGGGCACUGUAAAACGGCUUUAGGAGCUAUCCUGUAGUUGCAACAAUCGCAGUCGUUUUCACACAGCGUCGCCCGAAGUGAUUGUAUCUGAGAGAUGUUUAUAUAUAUGAUCAGAUUCUUUUUUGUUA